CAGUGAAUCCGCAUAAAACUAGCAUAAAACGCGCGCAAAUGUGUGUCUGUCAGUGACGGGGUUUUUCGUGCCGUUAACUUCAACUCCCACAGUUCAAUUUAAUGCAUUUACAUGACUGUUAGAGCUCCAGUGUUUAAAAUAGAACUUCCGACACAAGCAAUAUCCUAGCAAAGAGGAGCGAUUGCCUGACCCGCAAGCGUAGUGACGUGUUACCACUGUGUGUUUCUUUCAUCAGAUUGCUCCUGAAAUGAACUGGGACAGUGAGCUAAAUUCUGUACUGUCUGCUGCAGAAAGCAGUGUGGCCAAAAUCCGGAGACAACUGGCUACACCAGGGAAAUAUCCAAAAGAUAUGAUUCCGGAGAGAGAGGUAUCUCAUAUGACGGAUUUUAAGCCUCCCCCUCCACCACGGCCCUUGCCCUCCCUCGCACUCAGUCCAGCACCACAGUGGGAGGACUUGGCCGGAAUCCAGGCCCAGCUCCAAAGCCAAAACCAGGCCAUUGAGUCCCUUACCAAGGCCUUGCGCUCCAUGGAGAGCGAGCGACAGUCCCAGCAGCUCCACCUACAGGCCUUAAAGGAGGAGCUGCGGCGGUUGCGCGAGCGCGAGGAGGCCAGGGAGCAGGAGAGGGUCGGCGGGGGCGCGAGCGCCAGCCCGGGAGCGGAGCGCAGGAUGGAGAACUGGAAGAGGGAGGUGGGCCGAGAGCUGAGCAGCCUGAGAGGCCAUAUCGACCGAGCCGUUUCCCUCACCCACCAGGAGGAGAGUUUCAGCAGCAAAAUGCAGAGGGAGGAAAUUGAACAGCUGAGGAGAGAGGUGGAUCAGCUCAAACAACAGCUGAGGAGGCAGGAGGAGGACAUGUUCCGUCAGCAGUCAGAGACCAGAGAGGCGAGGAGGCAGAGUGAGCGCAGCUGCAAGACCCUGGAGAGUCUGACUGACUGCUACAGGACACACAGUCUGGACCUCACCAGAACCAUGUCCCAGCACCAGAGCACACAGGAGGACAUACGUCAGCUCAGGUUGAGCGUUUCAGAGCUCAAGGACGAGGUGAGGGGAUUAACUCUCAGAGACAGGCGUCCCGCACCUGUGCUGACGAGACCAAAAGCAGCCGCGAGCCGGAGCGAGGAGCGCCGCGGAGAGGCGUCUGGCUCCGAUUCGGAGGGGGAUUGGAGCCCCACCCCCAGUCUGGGGGAGGUGAGCUCGGACGACCCGUCCUGGGGGGCGGAGAGAGACCCAGGUCCACAAGGCAAACGACAAGACUUCAGUUCCCAACUGGAUGAAAGUGACGAUGGUGAAGCAAGCCUGGAGGAAAAGGGGGAAGAGGACAGUAUAGAUCUGGAGGGGGACCUGGAAGCUCUGUCAGACAGCCCUGCAGAACUCAAUCUCAGUGACCUCUGACCUUUACCAGUCAACCAGGACACCUUCCCUGUGCCAGCUCCCUGACCAGAUAUGGAGGAAUGGAGGUUACUGUUAAUCACCUGAACGGAAUGUCUGGAAUUGGGGCUCUUGGAAUAACUUUGUAUUGUGUAAGCUUACGGGAUAAGCUAACUUGUUUAAUUUGUACUCUGGUCUCAGCGUAAGUAUUUCAUAUCAGUACUUGGACCGCAUGGUGCAGCAACACAGUAUUUUCCUCUGGGUGUAUGUCACGCCUUAUAUUCUGUUGAGAAUACAAAUAUAGCAGUUUUUAUCCAGAGAACACGUAAACCAAAAUGGCACCCAUGCGCGGGGUGCAGCAGUUACACUAAGCCUGAAAUCACUUGGGUUAGCCCUGAAUCGCUAAUGCUAACACAUACUGAGCUAACUUGCAUGGUACCGCUUUCAACUUGCUGCCACUGUAUUGGUCUAUGGGUCCCUGCACACCAUAUUUGGACUCUAUGUCAUGUGACAAAUAACUGAGGAAUUGGGAUAAAGAUGGUUAUUUUUGUUUAUCAUGUGGAAUAGACUUUUUUUUAAAAAGUGAACACAUUUCCCAGCCAAAAUCCCAGUCGGCUCUCAGUUGCUGUUCUGUAUAACCACACACAAAUGUGGAUGACUUUACACGUCUUUGCAGAUAAUGUGUUGCGUCGAAAGCAAACUCAGAGGAACUGAGGUAUUAUGUGCUGUUGCUUUUCUCUGGGUUAGAUGCCGUUGGAAGGGAGGAUCUUGCACAAGAUGUAAAAACAGUGUAUGGUGGUACCUGAGGAAAUUAUUUGCCUUUAUUCCUUUCGGUACCUGUAGAUGUAACUUCUGGAAAGUCUUUAUUCCAUUUAUAGCGAGCAUGGAUUGGAAAUGGCACCCUUGAUAUGUUCGGAGUACAAACGAGCAGUGUUCCUACAUGUAGGCUUACAUGGGUGUUACCCCAAGGCUGUUAAAUAUUGCAGAAGCGCUCUGGCGGUGCUCUGAUUAUUCACACUAAUUAGUGUCGGAGGGAAGCGCCACAGAUCUGCAGCCAGACACCCCCUAUGGAGGGAACAGCCCCGCAGAGACACACACACACACACUCACACACACCACACACACACGCACACCCACAUGAACAUGCACACACACACACAUACCCACAUGCACACGCACACUCACACACAAACCACACACACGCGCAAACGCGCACACACACACAUACGCACACACAGACACACACACUGCUGUACUGGAGUGGGGCAUUACUGUGUGGAUGUCAACUUUAGUUAUUGUUCAGAAAGACAGUGCCAUCAUUGGAGAUGAUGGGCUUUCAUUUGUUCAAUUGAAAAAUUACUACAGCUUUUAUUUUGGAUGGUAAGGCUUGAAAACGAUGUGUGACAAGUUCAUGCAAUAAAGCUUACCGUUGAACUAG